AUGGAUUUUGAAGCUAUGAAUGUAUCCAUUGGAUAUAUAAGGAAUACAACCAGCCUUACACCUUUUGCAAAAUCUCCCAGAAACCACUGCUUAUCAAUGCCAGAAGAUUUUGAAUUCCUUUAUGUACUCGUUCCAAUAUUUUACAUAAUAAUCUUCAUAGUUGGGAUUCUUGGCAAUAUGAUCAUAGUCAUUGGACUGACUUGUCUUCUUCAGUCUAAAUCCAUUGCAAAUAUUUAUAUUGUGAACUUAGCUAUUGCAGACUUAUCGUUUGUUGCCACAUUGCCACUCUGGGCAGUGUCUAUGGCGGCAAAAUAUCAAUGGACGUUUGGCUCCUUUAUGUGCAAAUUCUGUGCCACCAUGUCAUCAGUUAAUAUGUACUCCAGUAUUUUCCUCCUUACAUGCCUCAGUAUAGAUCGCUACUUUGGUAUUGUCCAUCCAAUGAAAUCACUUAACUGGCGAACGCAGGCCAAAGCAAAAAUAGCAACUUUUAUUGUAUGGAUUUCAGCUUGUGCUACCAGCUUUCCAACCAUGUAUUUCCGUCAGACUUACUAUUCUAAAAAGCACCAGAUAAUCACCUGUGCUAUGAAAUACCCAAAACAUGGUGUUUUUUGGCCAAAUUUUGUUGACUUGAUGAAAAACAUAUUUGGAUUUGUGAUACCAUUUAUUGUCCAAGGAGUCUGUUACUGUCUGAUAUAUAAAAACAUGUUAGCAUCAAGAAAGAACAGGGUUAAGAAAUCAAGAAGUGACAAAGUUCUAAAAGUCGUUUUGGCAAUGGUAUUUGCCUUUCUAGUGUGCUGGUUACCAUUUCAAAUUGCUAGUUUCCUGAAAGUCUUAAUUCGAAUGCACUGGAUAAGGGACUGCAAAGCUGCUGAGAUUAUCAAUGCUGUAAUGCCAGUUACAGUGUGUAUUGCCUUCUCAAACAGCUGUGUCAAUCCAAUUCUUUACUUCUUUGCUAGCAAGAGAUUCCGAAACCAGCUAGCCAUAGCACUGAGAAAGGCCUUGUCCCAAAGCUACAGCACUACUAGAACAAGGUGAUGUAAACAUGUAGAACAUGUUUUUUUCCAAACACAUCAGGUAAAAGUGCUGCUCCAGCAGAAUCCUGCACUAAAAACAUUUUUUAAAAAAACAGACUUUUUAAUAUUUAAUGUUGACAGGGGGAUAUCUAUUGUCUUAGUUUCCUAGGUGCCCAUGGCCAUGUGACUUAUGCUCUGAUAAGGCUAAUGCCCCAUGGAGAGAUUGGUUGCCUGCUAUUCAUCUCUUCUACCAUGGGCAACCAUGGUCGGACUGGGUCGGUGGGACACCAGGAAAAAUCGUGGUGGGCCCCGGCUCCCCACCGGCCCAGACCUGAUUCCAGGUGCCCUUCCCUAGUCUACUUAUGCGCGCUCAGGAGAUGGACGGGGCCCCUGUGGGGGACAUGUGGGGGUCCCUGUGAGAGGUGUGUGGGGCCCCUGGGGUGGCAGCGCUAAAAUAAAUGAGUUAAAAAAAAGAGUACAUAAAUGAAUUGCUUCCUAGAUUAAUAUCAUGCAGAACCACCACUUAAUCAUCCUUGUUGAUCUUAAGGUCUAGGAAGGGAAUAGAGUUAUCUGAUAUAUGAGGUGAGUUUAAUGUUUAACUCAUUAUAAUUCAGUCUUUAAAAAAAUGUGGACAACAUUGAUCAAGUACCUCCCUAGAUUAUUAAAAUAUCGUCGAUGUACCUAAUCCACUUUAUGAUACAUCUGUGGAACUUUUGGAGAUCCUUGCCUAGGAACUGAUUAAUGUAAGACAGAGCAUGCUGUACCCAUGGCUGUUCCUUGGGUUUGUAAACAGAACUUGCCAUUAAAGGUAAAAUAAUUAUAAUAUAAGAUGUAUUUUAACAAC